UACAUAAAUGAUGGAGUAUCAGAGACACAUGGAGCCCAGUGCUCACCAGCAGCCUCAACCCCAGGGCGCCCAGUGGGCCCCCCAGUACGGCUGGGGGCCCCCUGCGCCCACUGUGGCGGCGCCCGUACAAAGAAAUAAGAGGAGUCAUUCUGAAAGUGAGGAUGAUGCCUUCUCAGAAGAAAGCAGUAAAGAUGCGACGUCACCAGGCGGCGACUCCUGCCAGCUGAUGACACGCAAGAGACGACGCGGCGUUAUAGAGAAGAAGAGAAGAGAUAGAAUCAACACGUCGCUGACUGAGCUCAAGAGGCUGGUGCCGGCGGCGUGCGAGAAGCAAGGCAGCGCCAAGCUGGAGAAGGCGGAGAUCCUGCAGCUCACUGUCGACCAUCUCAAGAUGCUGCAUGCUAAAGGUUUGGACACCUAUGCAUACGACCCUCAACGCUACGCCAUGGACUACCACAGCAUUGGCUUCAGGGAAUGCGCCGCUGAAGUGGCCAGAUACCUGGUCAGCUGCGAAGGCCUGGACAUCCAAGACCCAUUGCGCCUACGCCUCAUGAGCCACUUGCAAUGCUUCGCGGCGCAGAGGGAGCUAGCGUCCAAGUCCAACUGGGGGUACCCCCAGUACCCCGCUGUACCCCAACCCCAAAUACCCCAACCACAACACGGUUAUGCAGAACUAAGGGAUGCCCCCGUUUCCACUGCAGUGACGACAGUUCCUUCGAUAGCAGCGCCUUUAUCAGCAGCUCCUAGUUACACCCAUUACCCCCCAGCGCCUCCAGCACCUCCAGGGCCCUCAGCACCUCCCGGUCACCCCGCCCCACCAGGUCCACACUACCCAGCUCCGUAUCCUCACCAUCCACCUCAUCAUCAGUACUCGCAGAACAGUUCCAAACCAUAUAGACCUUGGGGUGCUGAGUUAGCGUAUUAAUUAAGUCAAGAGUUUUGAUUAUUCUGUUAGUAGAAAUUAUAGGUAGUAGCCGCGAAUAAAAACAUAAUACUUACAUCCAUGACAUUUAAAAUUAGAACUUCGGAGAAGUUUUCAUUUUUCUAAAGAAUUAACUAUAAAAAAAAAGUAAAAUAUGACAACAAAUGAAAAGGGCAACUUUGAAGUUACGCUUGCAAGAAAAAUUUCGUUGCGGCGCCUUGCAUUUCG